AGCUAACACCGGGAGCAUCCAAGAAUUCAUGCUUAACUUCAAUGCUACAGGUUACAGUGCUUAGCAAAGGCUAACAUGGCCUAGGACCCUCAGCGAUAUCCCCGAACUUUCUGCUUAAGUGACGUCGCCUUAUGUCGUGAUUAUCGGGAGACAAGCGGCUGUCAGGCGGAUGCCAGUGGGUUGUGUCAUCACAAACGGCACUGCAUUCAACCACACACACUCGAAAAUUCACCACGAUGCGAGCCGUGCUCAUCAAAGACGAGAAGGGCCCCAUAGAGAGCCUUUACCUAGGAGAGGCGGCGAAGCCAACUCCGGGGCCGGAGGAGGUCCUGGUCAAGGUCAAGGCAUUCGGCCUCAAUCGAAUGGAUAUUCUGCAGCGCGAAGGCAGAUAUCCCGUCCCUCCAGGCACGUCCAAGAUCCUGGGCGUGGAGUUCUCUGGCCGUGUCGCUGCAACGGGGGAAAGUGUCACGGCUUGCGAGAAGGGCGAUGAGGUUCUUGGCCUCGCCUCAGGGGGGGCCUAUGCGGAAUAUAUCACCGUGCCACAGAAGAACAUCAUGCAGAAGCCUGAUCAUCUCUCGUGGGUCGAGGCCGCGAGCAUUCCAGAGAAUUUCCUUACCGCGUUUCAGGCGCUGGUCGUGAUCGCAGAGGUCAAACGAGGCGAUAACGUCCUGAUUCAUGCUGGUGCCUCCGGUGUCGGAGUAGCUGCCAUCCAGCUUGUCCGACUGUAUGGCGCGAACACGGUCACCGCAACCGCAUCCACCGCCGAGAAGCUCAGCUGGCUUCUCAGCAUCCCCAACGGUGCGACGCACGUCGUCAAUUACACGACGCAGAACUUUGCAGACGAGGUCAAGAAGACAACGAAUGGCAAGGGCGUCGAUGUCAUCAUCGACUUUGUGGGCCAGAGCCAUUGGCACAAGAAUAUCGACGCUCUGGCGGUGGACGGGCGGAUGACCAUGCUCGGCCUCUUGAGCGGCGGCGAGGUUGGCAACUUCAACCUGGGCCCUCUUCUGUACAAACGUCUGAGAAUUCAAGGAUCUACCCUCCGUGCACGCAGCGCUGCGUAUCAAGCCGAUUUGAUUGAUAGAUUCAAACGCGAUGCGCUCGGCAAAAUCACCGGCAGCAAUGGGGACGGUGCCUUGCGAACGUACAUCCAUAAGGUUUACCCGUGGACGGCGAUACAAGAAGCACAUCGUGAGAUGGAGGAGAACAAGAAUAUCGGGAAGAUUGUCGCGGAGGUGGCGUAGCAGAGCAGGCGCCUCUUUCUCCGCUGACGGCAUUUAUCAAGGAAGUCGCUAUGGGGGAGCGAUGAUGCGUCCUCUCCGGCCGACUAUACUAUUGGGCAUGGUCCUGUAGUCUCAUCAUCUCAUAUAACUCAUGUCACGGAGCAACAGUCCAUUCAAUUUUCAACACUUUGCGUGAAGAGA